UUGUUAAUUUCAUAACAAAGACUGCAAGGCAGCAUCCAAGAAAUGUUUGAGAAGUUACGUUGACCGAAUGGCUCCUAUAUAUAUGAACAGCAACCAGAGGAUGUUGUUUUGUCAAUAUUUAUCCGACUAUAUUGAUUGUUUACAAAUUUUGAAAGAGUGUACAGUAAAUAUUACACAGCUGAGACAGAUAAAGACAUAUGAAGAGAGAAGAAUGACUUCCGCUGUACCUUGUGUCAUUCCGAAGUUGUCAUCAACACUAACAACUGACGAGUGUGAUCAAGUAUUGGGACAAUGCUUAGCUCCACUGGAAGAAGACCAAUCUCAGAUGACAUGUCCGAAGGUGCGGGCUGCUCUGAACUGCACCGUGGGUGCUACAUGCGCCACAGAUGUGAUGCUGGCUAUCCGACAGGCUGAUGCGGUUAACAGACUUAAUGGGUCAGUAUGUGAAGUGAAUGAUCUAUUUAAUGUAGUCUGUAGGACGUGUUUACUGACGUAUGCUGAAAACGUCUUUUCUCUCAAUGAGACGGAUGCCAUCUUACACUGCAGACUUCUUGAAAACUUCGCUAAAUGCUUACUUAGUGACUGUUCCAUGGAGCGGCUAAAGGUAAUAGACAAAACCAGCGACGAAAUAAAACGUUUAAAUGUAACGCAGUGUAAUCUGACAUCUUUGAAUUCUGCUGGAAGGAAGCCUGUUCAAGAUUUCGCCAUAAUUGCCUUCACAGUCCUGGUUGCCACGAUGACAAAGACAAUAAUAUCAAGAGUUCAAUAAAAAUGAUUAACAAAAAAAAAUGCAUGAAUAUGAACAUUCCAGAUCAUUUUAUUUCUCUAUUUGCUUGUGUUAAUUUGUAGACGUAAUUAAAUUACUAGUUUCAUAAUGAAAAUAUUUAUAACAAUUUUCUAUAGAUUAGUAAAGUAGAUUUGGAAGUCUGAACAUUAUAUUUUACUGUUCCUUAACAGUCCUAGUGCAUGUGUUAAAUAAAAUGGUUAUAUUUAUAGUUUAUAAAAUAUUUGUUUUUUUGCAUUUAUUUACAUUUAUUAAAUGUAUAACAUAUUAAUCCAAAACUGUGCUUCCCAAACUGUGCUCAGCGGAACCCUAGUGUUUCUCGAGGCCUGAAUAGUUCCACGAACUACUGGAAUAAUUAACUAGUAGACCACUAUGUGAAGUUAAUCUCUCUAAAAAAUAAGCAAAGUGUUCCGCUAAAUACUCCGAAUGUACGAAGUGUUCCGUAAUUAAGGAAAAGGUUUGGGAAACACUGAUCUAAUUAUUUGUGUUACAUUGUGGCGACACAACUCAUUCACCAUGCUUGAUAUUGAAGCUCUUACAAAUUUGUGACCACAAUAUGAUGAUAGUUC